CUUAAACGUAAAGUGACGCUAUCAGUGGUCUUCUAUUCUCAUAUUUCAUUUAUUUUUCUCACCUUGGCAGUUAAUUAGAGAAGGUGUUCCAUUUACUGGUAUGGUCAUUACUCUCACCAGGUCAACCUCAUGCCUGAUAUUUUAUAUUUAUUUAAGCGUCGUGAGCCGUUGUUUCAAAUGUUAUAGUGAGAGAUGCCCAACCUAUGUGCUGUGUUUGGUUGUAAUUCAAGCGGAGGAAAGAAAAGCGACAUUGUAUUUCAUCGCUUUCCCAAAAAUGAAGAGCUGAGACGAAGGUGGAUUGAUCUGUGCAAGAGACAAGAUGUGUUUAAUAGUAAUAAUGCCCGGAUAUGCAGUAUUCAUUUUGAACCGAGCAACUUUGUUAGAAAUAUCAAGUACAAACUACUCGGCCUACCUAUACCUCGAUCACAGAGAAAAGUUAGAGAUGAUGCAGUGCCGACGCUCAACAUGCCAACAUCGCUGGGAAACACAAUGAUAUCCAUGGGGAAGAUUGCCCAUGAGGUACGGGAGAUGUACCUGAGCAAGUUCAAGCAGGUGAGCCCGUACGUGUGUAACGCCAUGUCUCCCCGCGUGGUGCUCCUCCGCCUCAACUCCAAGAUGAUCGACAAGUACACCAGGCAAGACUCUGGGAAGAAUGACUCGCUUCUGAGUGAUGAUGAUGAGGAUUGGUUUACGGCUGUUAAUGAUAACUGGGACAUGAGUUUAUUAGAACCAAUCAUUCAGAUAUCUUCUGAAGCCAACUCACAGCAGGGACCUAAAGGAAAACGUGAAGGAUACGCAAGAGGGAAAAGAGGACGUUUGGCAUUAAACAUCAACAGGAGGAAGAGUCCAGUACAGGAAGAAAUCCAAGUGAAGCAAGAACGGCCGGAUAGCCCGGACCUUGGCGUUCCCAAUGAUACAAUGACCAUCUUAACCAAUGUCGCCCCAUACAAUCCUGCCGUCACCAUGUUACAGGUGCCAUCGGCUGUCUUGCCGAUGUACGUGUCUUCGUCGCAGCCAUCUUCAAAAACAUUGGGCAAAGGCAAUAUCAACAUUACCACAGAUCACAACGCCUUACCUCACACCGGCCAUCCUCCCAGUUAUGGUAAUGGUGUUAUAGAGACAAACAUCAAACAAGAAGUGACAGAUACAGAAGUCAUCAUAAUGCCAUUUGAAGCUGCACCUCACGGUGUCCGGCCCCAAGAUGCACCCAGUAAAGACACACUCAGCAGUGUGCCUUCCCCACCACCAAAAGCUUUAAAUCCACCCAAUAAAAGAAAAAAAAAUAGCUCACAGGGAAAAACAAAGAAAGGGACAGCAGCUACUAGUGACAAGGAUCCCUCAGGUCACGAGAGUCUCAGAGAAUUAACGACUCUGUUGGUCGAGUUGAACAACAAAAACACUGUCUGUGAUGAGAAGAUUCAGUUGUUCAAGGACGAAUACGAGAAGAAGGUGUCGGUUAUCGAGGCGGAGAAGAAAUCUAACGAGAAGGAAAUUGAAUGUGUGUUGUCGCUGAUUCAGAACUGGAAAGAAGGAUCCAAAACUAAAGCGCCAGCGCCACCGACGACCAAUAAAAGAUCUCGCAAGUCUGCACGGUAAGAGGGGGGGAGCCUCACCUGGGGUCUCUUGUGUACUCGAGGGGAAAAACAAAUGCUGAAAUCAUGUUUCAUGUUGACGCCACUUUGUCAGUGUACAUUAUCAUAUUACAAACUGUCACUAAAGAAAACAUGGCUGGUGAGUCAACCUCUUAGUAGUAGCCACAACAUAUACUUUAGAAGGGCAGAAGCUGUUGGCCUCUGAGUAGUACAACAUGUAUAAAGUCAUGAGAAGUAAGAGUAUAUGUCUGUGAUUUGUUAAUAUGAAAGGGAUUAAAAAAAACCUCAAUAGGAUAAUUUUGUUGUAAGUCUGUUCACAGUAUUCUAUGUUUAGUGAAGAGAAAGAGGGGGAGAGGCAUUCAGACCGAUAAAGAAAGAGAGAGAGAGAGAGGUUGAGUAAAAGAAAUUGAGCUCUAGAGAGAGAUAGGUGUGUGGUGUUAGGUGAUAGGAAGAGAUAGAUGUGUGGUGUUAGGUGAUAGGAAGAGAUAGGUGUGUGGUGUUAGGUGAUA